GUCGCCGCUUCUGCAACGAGUUGUUCUUCCCCUGAAGCAUGUCUGCAUCGAGCUCCUGCCGCUCUUCUCGCCGCGGCGGCGGUCCAUUCAUCCCCCUCAUCUACUGCCCGUGGGGGUGUGGUUCCAUGGUGAAGAAGCAUGUUUCCGGCACUAAGGAUCACCCUGGAUGGGUGUACUACCGCUGCCCCGGCCAUGGUAAUGGAUGCAAUUUCUGGCAUUGGGAGAGGGAGUAUGUUGCUUACUUGGCGGAGAAGAUGUUUCUCACUGGAGAUAAUGCUGUGGAUGCAAUUGGGUGGUCUGAAGACAGGAGAGAAGAGCUGGAGCGGCGCAAUGAAGAGAGAAGAGCUAGAGGGAUGAUGGCAGUAGGAUUCAGGGGUUCAUGCUAUGAGGAGAGGAGUGAAUCUUUGUUGCAGGUUGGCAGGCAGAUUGUUCUUCUGUUGAAGAUAGCUGUGGCAGUAGGUGUGCUUGUGUGUGUGCUGUGUGUGAUGCUGCUGAUGAAGUGA